AUGUUCGAGCCGGAGUCGGACCAGAUACAUCAGGAUGAGUCAAAGUCGCUGCCCUUGGACUUGAUUGACACUGGGAACGGGUUAAAGGUUCAGACCACCGCGCCUCAUCUGGUGAGCCUGGGCAGCGGGAGGCUCAGUAUCGCCAUCACUGUGCUGCCACUGAAGGAAGGAGUAACGCGUAUUGGGCGAGACGAUGCCCCGAUUCCUCAAGACAUCUCAGUGGAAGGACCUGGGAUUGAGGCAGAACAUUGUCUAAUCUUCAAUGAAGGAGGGGUUGUGACUUUAGACCCAUGUGGCCACCUCUGCAGCCUGGACGGCGUACAGGUCACUGUACCCACACCGCUCACACAAGGUUACUCGCUGUGUCUGGGCAAAUCAUAUUUCUUCCGGUUCAACCAUCCUGAAGAGGCGACGCGGAUGAAAAGCAUGCUUCCACAAAAGAGCCCCGUGUCGGCGUUGGCUUAUAACACAGACUACCUGAAGUUCAGCAGUGACUACAGCCAUGGGGUGGUGGGAGGCAGCAGCUCCAGAGGAAUGCGCUCAGCUUCUGAACUCCGUGACUUGAUGGACACACUUCAACGCAAGAAGAUCGCUCUGGAAAACAGUCUCCGAGCAAAUGGAAACGCCAACCCCUCCUACUUCAGCGUCACACAGUCUCCUCCCACCACACCGGUCUCCAGCCCGCCUUCGUCCUCAUCGUCCUAUCAGGAGCAGGCCAGGCGCAUCUAUGGCUCAGACCGUCCCCCUAUUUCCAUUAAGACCGUCACUUCUCUCUCGUCUGGGCGGCGAUCCGAUCCAUCGUCAUCCAGACCCUCCAGCCGUAACCAGGACAACCACGGCGUGAGCGACAGUCGCAGGCAUUACAACCAAAAUUCCUCGCUGAUAUCGACGUGGAACGGAGGCGGGUCUUCAAACUCAGUUGCCGGCGGCGACACUCUCCUCCUUACUUUACCGCCUCCUUCUACGCGUAGCACAUCGUCCGGAGGAGCAGUGAGCAUGCCGUCCAGCCCGCGACUUGGAAGGCGGAGUUUUGGGAAUCAAGAACCAGCUCCUUCCAGAACCAGGAAGUACUCUGCUGGAGAGAGGAGAGCUUCUUUCGGAAAAGCAGGAAUAGAGCCUGGAAUGGGCUUUGGAGAGAGGAGGCAGUCAUUUGGAAAAGCAGGAAUUGGACCACCUGGUGGAUUUAGAGAAAGAAGGGGAAGCAUUAGCUCACUGAGUGGGAAAGAAGAGCUGACUGAUUAUCACCAGCGACAGAAAGAGGAAAGGCUCCGUGAACAAGAGGUGGAGAGACUGGAGCGGCAGCGACUGGAGACUAUUUUGUCUCUGUGUACGGAGCUGGGCCGCUCUGACAGGGAGGAAAGUUGCACAAGUCCCACUUCUGCUGUGGCGGAUCUGCAAAAGAUAAACCAGGAACUAGAGAAAUUGCAAGUGAAUGAUGACGAUGAUGACACACCUUCAGUCUUUUCCGACUGCUCCACUGUCAAUGGAAUUAUGGGAAAUGGUCACAUGACAUCACCUGGCUCUGAGAAUAGUUUCUAUGAGGAUGAUGCUCAGGUACAGCUGCGUCACAGCAGCGGGACCCGAGACAACAGGGCCGAGUCUCCAGCCGUCAGCCUGCGCAGCUUUGCCCCCUCUCCAUCACCGCGGGGGCAGAGGACCAGUGAGGGCUUUGACACUUAUCAUCGCAGAGGACAGAAUCACAAUUUCUCUGAUGGAGAAGUCCGGCGUGUGGAAGAAGAGAGGAUUCAAGUCCUGAACAACAUGGAAGAGCUGGAGAAAAAAAUAAAAGACCUUGACAACCAAGUUGAGGAAUCUGCUCGAGAGGUGGAAGUGGAACAAGCCCUCGUCGAGGCUGAACAAGAGUCUGAGGUUGCGGCUCUCCAACAGGAAAAAGAUUCUCUUGAGUCUCUCCACAACAAGAUUACUGACCUAGAGAACAAAUCCAAACAAGAAAAAGAAAAGGCCUGUGAGCUGCUGCAGGCAGAAAGGGGCAGAGUAGAGAGCUUGGCUCAGAGUGUGAGUGAGCAACGCUCCCAGCUGGACAGUUGCCCUGAAGCCACCAAGGAGCCCCUGCAGGAGCAGCUAGCCAGGGACUGCGAGGCGCUUGAAACUAAGACGAAGCGUUUUGAGGACCUGGAGUUUCAGCAGCUGGAGAAGGAGAGCCGACAAGACGAAGAAAAAGAGAUGCAAAUGCAGGAGCUACUUCGGGAAAUUGCAGACUACCAAAGAAGCACUGUCACUCGAAAGGAGCGAUUGUUGAUUCUGAAGAAACAAGCAGCACAAAUCACCCAGCAGACUCAGAGAGAGAAGGAAAGCUUCCUUAAAGAGCGCACCAACCUAGAGGCAAUGUUGCAAAGGGAAAAAGAAAACCUUGCGGUACUAGAGAGAAAGUACGCGGAUCUGACCGGUGGGAGGAACUUCACUAUGAGAGAGGGAUAUGUCACGGUCAGUGAGCUGAAUGAGCUUUACUCACAGCUGGGGGGGGACCAUAAACCUGCCCCCGCUCCCUCUGACUGUACCGACUCCAAGGCAAACUCCUCCAGUGACGAGGAACCGAGCAAACCCAUGGAGGACGAGCAUUUCCGUUUGCUGGAGGAGAGGAAAAGGUUUGAUAAGGACAGUGGUUCGCACCUCAGCGACACUUUACCCAGAAAGAAAACCUCAUGUGCGGCGCCACAGUUUACAUUUGCAACCCUGGGGAGGAGCUUUCCCACUAAGGCUCAUCAGCCCUUAGUGCAGAGUACAAGCUGCGGCAGCAUCCUCCCGAGAAUCUUUUCCUUAUCCAGCAAAGAGACAGAAUCUCGGCGUCUUCACAAAGGUCAGCCUGGCUCCAGAGCAGCUUCUCAGACCAAUGUCUACCUCGACGGCUUUGGUUAUCGAGACCAAGCCUUCGACACGAUGAGUGUGGAUAGUACGGACUCCAUAGAAACCAGCAUUUCUGCGUGUUCUCCUGAUAAUGUAUCCAGUGCCAGCACGUCCAACAUGGCUAAACUGGAGGAGAUGGAGCGAAUGCUGCGAGAGGCACAGGCUGAGAAGCACCGUAUGCUAGAAAACAAGGAACAAGAAAUGGAAAUGCGAAAGCAGGCCCUGGAUGAGGAGCGGAGGAGGAGAGAGGAUCUGGAGAAACGACUGCAAGAGGAAACCAGCCGACGACAGAAACUUAUCGACCGAGAAGUCAAGCUCCGAGAGAAACAGAGGGCACAGUCUCGGCCUCUCACGCGCUACCUGCCGGUGCGUAAGGAUGACUUUGACCUGCGCUCACACAUCGAGUCGGCCGGACACCACGCGGACACCUGCUUCCACCUGUCGCUCUCGGAGAAGACGUGUCGCGGGUAUCUGGUCAAGAUGGGGGGCAAGAUCAAAACCUGGAAGAAACGCUGGUUUGUCUUUGAUCGCAAUCGCCGCACACUCUCCUACUAUUCAGAUAAACACGAAGCUAAGCUAAAGGGCGUCAUUUACUUUCAAGCUAUUGAAGAAGUGUAUUAUGACCAUUUAAAGAACGCACACAAGAGCCCAAACCCGUCUCUGACCUUCAGUGUAAAGACCCACGACAGAGUGUACUACAUGGUGGCUCCGUCCCCUGAGGCCAUGAGGAUCUGGAUGGACGUGAUUGUGACCGGAGCAGAGGGCUACACUCAGUUCAUGGUGUGA